AGCCUAUAUAUCCUCGGUGCGGCAUCGAACCGGACUUCAAUUAAACGUCCGAUCCGCAGACUACCGUGUCGACCGUAGAGCGCUUUGAGUUGAGGGGCGGCUAGAUCAGCAGAACACACUUGCGUGGUGAAGAAAGUACAAAAAAGGCACCGAUUUUUGCAACUUAUCGCGUACGGAGAUUUUAGCGCGCAAAGCUCCGUACUGGAUAACGUUGCUAAAGGCAUUAGAAAAAAAACAAGAAAACCAAUGACCAGUGUGUAAAAACCACCACGAAAAGUGUGCCCGCUGUAUGAGAGUGCAACCCUGUGCAAGCAAAUCGUUUGCGGUGUAGAUCAGUUGAUCCUGAAGCGUAUGAUCCAAUAAAUAUGCACCUGCAGCAGUAACCCAAAAAAAACGUGAAAUAUUUCGAGAAAGUGUGAGCAAACAGGAUCGUUAUCCUUUUGCUUUUAGUUCUGUUUGAGUUUAUCAAAGGAAAGUAGUGCAAAGUGUGGGUGAAUGUGUGUAACAAAACUAUAAAGCACAAGUUGAACAAGAAUCGAACAAAAAACAUUAUCCGUGCACGAGGCACAUAUAUACGGAAGGCUCUCGAUCUAGCAAAUAAGCUUCAGCUACAAAACAGAACAAAAAAACAAAAUGACGCCCAAACCAGAGGAAAGCAUCCCUGUCGUCCACGUGGGCGACGAACGGGAGCUAAGCGAACCGGGACUAAACAAUAGUGCCAGUUUGAGCAAUCUGAGCGCCAACCUAAAGCUAAACGCCUUCAUCAACAACGGGUUCUUGAGCGACUGUGCCCAGGCCGAGAAGCAACUGGCCGCAAUGGAGCAGCACGGUGCAAAGGAUGAGAUGCGAAAGGAACUGAAAAACAGCAACCAGCAUGGCGUCCUGAUGUCCACCAAUGGUAGUGCGGUAGCCGAAAAACCCGUGGUAGAUUUUGACGAUCUGUUGCCGCAUGUGGGCGAAUUUGGACGCUACCAGAAGAUACUGUUCCUGCUGAUGAUUCCGUUCGCAUUUUUCGUGGCUUUUGUGUACUUUUCACAAAUUUUCAUCACCCUCGUGCCGGAGGAACAUUGGUGCUACGUGCCGGAACUGCAACACCUGUCCGUGGAGGAAAGACGUGCAUUAGCCAUUCCCGUCGAUGAAUCCGUUGGAGCAAACCUGGCCACAGGAAUCGACGAUGGAAGUUUGCCAAUUAGCUACAGCAAGUGUACGAUGUAUGCCGUUAACUUCACGGAGGUGCUCGCUAACAACAUACGCAAGCCAGAUCCAUCCUGGCCAACGCAACCCUGUCGGCACGGUUGGGAGUACAACUUUACGGACGUACCGUAUCAAACGGCAGCAACUGAUUUCGAAUGGGUCUGCGACCAUGCCUAUCUUCCAACGUUGGCCCAGUCUAUCUUCUUUCUGGGAGCAAUCGUCGGUGGUCUGUUGUUCGGUUGGAUUGCCGAUCGAUACGGACGCAUUCCCGCGCUCGCUGGUUGCAAUAUCGUCGGCUUUGCGGCCGGUGUCGCUACGGCAUUCGUAGGCAACUUCUGGCAGUUCAGCUUGUGCCGGUUUCUGGUCGGAUUUGCCUUCGACAACUGUUUCACCAUGAUGUACAUCUUAGUUCUGGAAUACGUUGGCCCAAAAUGGCGCACCUUUGUCGCAAACAUGUCGAUUGCGCUGUUUUUCACCACCGCGUCCUGUGCAUUGCCCUGGAUUGCGUACUAUCUGGCAGACUGGAAAACGUUCGCUAUUGUCACAUCAGCACCGCUAGCUUUGGCCAUCCUUACCCCACUGUUGGUACCGGAAUCGGCAAGAUGGCUCGUUUCGCAGGGUAAGAUUGACAAAGCCAUCGGAAUCCUUAAGAAGUUCGAAACGAUCAACAAGAAGACGAUCGAUGCCAAGGUGUAUCAGGAAUUCAGUGACAGCUGCGUGCGGCUUCAGGAGGAAGAGGCUGCCAAUAGUAACUACUCUGUACUGGAUCUGUUUAAGACGCCACGCCUGCGUAACAUCACCAUCCUGCUGAUCGUCAUCUGGAUGGCCAUCUCGCUCGUCUUCGACGGUCACGUACGAAACGUGGGCUCGUUGGGACUCGAUCUCUUCUUCACCUUUACAGUUGCCGCCGCCACGGAGCUGCCGGCCGAUACCUUCCUCACUCUGACGCUGGAUCGUUGGGGACGGCGAUGGUUAGCCUGCGGAACGAUGGUCGCCAGCGGGUUGUUCAGUCUGUUCGCCACCAUGGUACCGAUGGGUGCCUACUCAGCAACCUUGGCAAUUUUGGGACGUUUCAGUGUGAACAUUUCGUACAACAUUGGUUUACAGUACGCGGCCGAGCUGCUGCCCACGGUCGUCCGGGCACAGGGUGUCGCGUUUAUCCACAUCAUGGGAUACGUGGCGAGCAUUGUGGCACCGUUCGUCGUUUAUCUGGCCAACAUCUCGCCCUCCCUGCCACUGAUCGUGCUGGGCAUUUUAGGUAUCAUCGGGGGACUGCUUUCCCUGCUGCUGCCUGAAACACUUGGACACGACCUGCCGCAAACACUUGCCGAUGGUGAAGAUUUUGGACGAGGGCAAAAGAUUUGGGACUUCCCCUGCCUAACGAAGAAAGUGGAUGAUGUUGAUACCUGUGAUGAUUUGCCCGUAGAGCGGUUUACCCGUGCCACAUCUAAAACCUCAAUCGGAGCCUCGCUUCGGGCUUCGACCCGUGGAGAACUUCGGUCGAGUAUGCUCAACCGUUCGAUACGAUCGCGCGUAUCGGUCCGCUCGCUAGCUCAAUGCAAGGAAGAACAAAUGUCGGCUGGAGUUUAGAAGGGAACUACCGACAUACGGUAAGGUAGCAGAAAACGAAGCUAUCCUAAUCGGCUCAGCGCAGUUUAAAGUAUGCGGAUCACUUAUUCGUAGUUUGUCUGAGAACAGGGGACGUUUUGUAAAAUGUGUAGGUUUUAGUUUUGUGUUUUGUUUUAAAAGCGUCAGCGUCGUGGUACAAAUCUAGUCAACCGUAUCGGAUGAUUUUCAGAGAGAGGUAACACACACUUGACAUGAUAGUAGUUUUAUGCGUUGCCACCAGAUCAGCAGACUGAGACGUGCGAUCAUCAGUAACAGCGUGUGGUGCUGUUGUGGCACUGCUUGUAAGCAUUAUAGAAGGGAGUCACAACUCUACGGGGAAAACAUUUAGGGCAAUAGAAAACUAUGCGACAGAAAGUUCCUAAAGCCAGGAAAUCGAACAAACCAUUCAUGCCUUCUAUUGUGUGCACAAUGCCAUAAAAGAUACAAAUGUAGUGGCCAAAAUCGUUGCAUCGAAAAGUAUUACGUUUCAAUCAUACAUACACACAGAGCUAGUGCAGCAUCUCUAACGAAGAACUAUCUUAUCGUUCAUUUGUUGCAAAGUGCUUAGAACGUAAAGGACUGGCUGCAGCAUCUCGAUUAGAGCACGAAUCUCGGCGCCAUGGCAAAUCAAACGGGGAAACGAUUGUUUCAGCAAACGAAAAGUAUUACGUGUUCCCGGUAGCAAGAUCGCGAUCAGUGCUGUAUUUAAUGAUAGGAGUACUCACUAUCACUAGGGAAUAGAAGCUAAUUUAUGUUACAGAUACGUAUUAGGAUGGGAGAGAAAAGUAUGGUAAAAAGGGGUUAGUUGUUUGUAAGGCUGUUGGAUCCAACAGCAAACUAAUCCUUGUCGAUUACAAGGAAACUAGAUGUUAAGAAGAAGCUAUCAACUAUCUACAUACGAGGGCAAAACAGGUGGACGUGAUAGAAAAAAAAAUGGAAACAGAUUUCACAACAGAAAGCUCCGAUAGGCGCAGGAGCUAUUUCCACAAAAACGAUAGACAGGCAUUAAUGUUACGAAAAGUUUUAUUUAUUCGCUAAUCCUUACCAAACGUCGUAACAGUUCGAAACCGGUCAUUGUUUCGAAAGUGGAACGACGCUUUAUGUGAUACGUAGGAUUCGGGCAAAAGAAAGGUUGUGAGUGGUAAAAUUGUUGUAAUUUAUCCAAUGUAGUCUCACCGUAUGAAGAAAAUACAAUAUGAGCAAAAGACAACUCUGACAAUGCGUACUUUUGAAUGGGGAUUAUUUACACACUUUAUUACGCUAAAGCAAUUUCUCUCUUGAUUGUAGUUGACUCAAAGUUAAAACUGCUUCAUCGCUGUUAAAGGGCAGGCAUGUCAAACAUUACAAAUGUUUGGGGCACACAAAAAAAAAAUCAGAAAUUGCCUGAAUCCCACUGCUGCAAGGCGGGAAAAAGUAUUUACAUAAAUUUACAGUUCGUUGCACACCAUCUCGCUGGCAAAUAACGGAUCAUUCGCAGUGAUCUCCGCUGAAGGGGGAUUGGCACUGUUAUUGAAGCAAAGGCAUGCAUGUUACUGUUAAAUACAUGGUUUUUUGUUUUACAAAUUCCAUGCGCAAAACAUAUGCCCUGAUGCAUCCGGCAUGUCAGUUGGGAGUUUUUGAUUUGUCUUGAAUGUUUUACUUUUAGCCAAAUUUUGUACCGGUCCAUGAGUAUCUGGGGCGAGGUCUGUGAGAAUGUGCAUAAAAAUUAAAAUCUGAAAUGAGGGAUUUUUUUUCAAUAUUAUGCACACAUUUUCAGCAGCUUUAAACAAAAUAUUAUACAAUGGGUUGAUGGAUUCUAUUGUCUUUUUUGAUAUUUGAAAAAAUAAGCAUGUAAUUUAUAAUAACAUUUUUUUUUUGUUUUAACAUGAGGGUAAUUUAUAAAACUUAUUUAUUUUAUUUCAUGAAUUAGUUCUGCUAAAUUUCUCUUUAACUUUUUAAUUAUUAAUCUCUUUAAUUUUCUUUAAAAGGUUCUCACGUUUUUGAUUGGAUGACAAGACGAGUGGGUUAAGCUAAAUUGGAUUUAGAUGGGUUAAGACUCAAUUUCAUUUGGAAUAAGAUCUAAAAAUGGGAAAAAUUCCACUUUGACUUCAAAAUUUUACAUACGUUAAGAAGAAGACCUCGGGGCGGCCCGGUGGUGCAUAUGAAAAACGGCGCCCGUCCACACGGCAGGGACCGGGUUCAAAUCCCAUCCGGACCGUCCCCCCGUAGCAUGGACUGACUAUCCUGCUACGUGGUAAAAUAAGUCUUGAUACGGCCAGGCCGUUAUAACCGAACAAAAAAAAAAAAGAAGAAGACCACAGCAUUCUCAACAUAGUUUGUCAUUUAAUAAAGCAUCAAAUUGAUAUCGACACUUUUCCAUAUCAUGACCUCUUCCAGCAUGACCUCUUUUAACUUAGAUUUAUAGCAAACCAUGCAAUCAGAAUUAGAAUCAACAAAAGCCAAAUAUUAAUGUGCGUCUAAAAAUAGUAUUUUUACAUUCAAGCCCAUUGCUACUUUAAUCAGCAUGGUAAGCAGGCUCUGAUUUUCGUAACGGACUAUACUAAAUUGUGUGUAACGAAACGGACGUGUGCAAAUCUCGCGUUUAUCUAAACUACAAAUUUAAUCGUGACUUCAAAUCAUUAAUAUGGAUUUAGUGUGCCCCAUUUGUUCUGAUCUAUUCGUACCAUGUGCCGAUGUAAAAAUUACACCAUGUGGCCACAUGUUCCAUAAUCUGUGCCUGUCGCAAUGGCUCGAACGAUCCGAAACUUGUCCACAGUGUCGCGAACAAUGCACCUUAACAAAUCUUACCAAAGUAUAUUUUAACGUAACAGCCUACCGUGAUACGGCGCUGGAAAAUCUUUCGUCGAAAAUUCGAGAGCUAGAUCAAAUGUUCGAAACAUUCGAGACCGAAGUUAAAAGUGAGCAUAAAGAAAUCCGAAAUUCUUUAGUGAAGUUCGAAGAGGAUGGACUGUUAAAUUACACUGAUUUGGAGUACGAGGUGGAAAAAGUGCAGAAAAAUUUAGGAACCGUUCAAAAAGUGGUUUACUCGGCUUGUAUAAUUUUGUUUGCUUAUGCUUCACUGAACAUUCAACAAAUCGUCGAAUAUGUGGUGGGUCUAUGAGAAUGGAAAUCCAUGAAAAUUUGUAUAAAAACCAAUCUGAUGUUAUCGUUUUUAAUUCCAACCGUUGCAAAUUACACAUUUCCAUACCAAAAACUUU